CGGAGGCGAGAGCAGCGGCGGCAGAGAUGGGCGAGCGUUGCUGUGCGGUGCUGCGGGUGCUGGUGCUGCAGGCGGCCUGGGCGCUGGCGGGCGGGCAGGUGCGCUACUCGGUGCCGGAGGAAGCCAAGGCCGGCACGGUGGUGGGCCGUCUGGCGCAGGACCUGGGCCUGGAGGCGGGCGAGGCGGAGGCGCGGCGGCUGCGGCUGGUGGCGCAGGGCCGGCGGGCGAGCGUGGAGGUGAGCGGCGCGAGCGGCGCGCUGCUGGUGAGCUCGCGGCUCGACCGGGAGGAGCUGUGCGGCAAGAGCGCGCCGUGCGCGCUGCGCCUGGAGGUGCUGCUGGAGCGGCCGCUGCGCGUCUUCCAUGUGCAGCUGGAGGUCACCGACAUCAAUGACAAUGCCCCCAUCUUCCCCGCCGCCCGAAAAAACCUCAGCAUCGCGGAAUCGUCUUUGCCGGGUUCUCGUUUCCCGCUGGAGGGCGCGUCGGAUGCGGAUACCGGAGCGAACGCGCAGCUCUCCUACACACUCAGCCCCAGCGAGCAUUUUAGCUUGGAAGUCAAAUCCAAAGAUGAAAAAAAAAGCUCCGUGUUUCUGGUACUCACGAAAUCUCUGGACCGCGAGACGAUUCCCGUGCACCGGUUGGUGCUGACGGCGACUGACGGGGGCCGGCCGUCUCUGACAGGCACCAUGGAACUGGUGAUCUCAGUGCUGGAUGCAAACGACAACGCGCCCCAGUUCAAUCAGUCGGUGUAUAAAGUGCAACUGCCGGAAAACACGGCCCCAGGAACUGUGUUUUUCCAGCUAACCGCGACUGACAAAGACGAGGGAAUUAAUCAAGAAAUACAUUAUUCUUUCAGCGACACGGCAUCUGCCUAUCUUCAAGAACUUUUCAAAAUUGACGAAAAGUCGGGGGAAAUACGGACAGCAGGGGAACUGGAUUUCGAGGAUCUUCAGUCAUAUGACCUGGAGAUCGAAGCUAGAGAUAAAGGAAUACCUCCGCUGUCCGGUCACUGCAGCGUGGAACUCGAAGUACUGGAUGUGAACGACAACGCUCCGGAGGUGUGGGUGACGUCGCUGUCGGUGCCGGUGCCGGAGGACGCGUCGGUGGGGACGGUGGUGGCCCUGCUGAGCGUGUCGGACCGAGACUCGGGGACGAACGGGCGCGUGCGGUGCUGGGUGUGGCCGGCGGCGCCGUUCGGGCUGGAGGCGACGUUCGCGGGCUCGUACUCGCUGGUGCUGCGCGAGGCGCUGGACCGGGAGCGGGUGUCGGAGUACGAGGUGGAGGUGCGUGCGGAGGACGGCGGGGCGCCGGCACUGGGCGCCAGGCGCGGGCUGCGGGUGCCGGUGUCGGACGUGAACGACAACGCGCCCUUGUUCGCGCAGGCCGUGUACACGGUGCUGGCGCGGGAGAACAACGCGGCGGGCGCGGAGCUGGCGCGGCUGUGGGCGCGGGACCCGGACGAGGCGGGCAACGGGCGCGUGAGCUACUCGGUGUGGGAGGGCGCGGCGGGCGGCGUUGGGGCCGCGGCUGGCAGCGGCUGGCGUGCGGCGUCGAGCUACGUGUCGGUGGACGCGGAGAGCGGGCGCGUGUGGGCGCUGCAGCCCUUGGACUACGAGGAGCUGCAGGUGCUGCAGUUCGAGGUGCGCGCGGUGGACGCGGGGGAGCCGCCGCUGUGCGGCAACGCCACGGUGCAGCUCUUCGUGCUGGACGAGAACGACAACGCACCGGCGCUGCUGCUGCCCGCGGGCUCGGCGCCGGAGGCGGGCGCCGUGGCGGCCGAGGCAGCCUCGGCAUCGUCGUCGUCGUCGUUGGUGGGGCCGGUGUCGGGGUCGGGCACGCUGUGGGCGUGGGCGGCGUGGGGGGCGCCGGCGGGCCAGGUGGUGGCCAAGAUCCGCGCCGUGGACGCCGACUCGGGCUACAACGCGUGGCUGCGCUACGAGCUGUGGGAGCCGCGGGCCAAGGGCCCGUUCCGCGUGGGGCUCUACAGCGGCGAGGUGAGCACGGCGCGGCCGCUGGACGAGGCGGACGGCGCUCGCCACACGCUGCUGAUCGUCGUGCGCGACCACGGCGAGCCGGCGCGCUCGGCCACGGCCACGCUCAGCGUGUCGCUGCUCGAGGCCAACGAGGCGGCGCUGGCCGCGGGAUCCUCGGCGGCGUCGUCGUCAGGGUCAGUGUCGCGGUCGGCGUUGGGCGUGGAUGUGGGCGGCGCUGCGGCCAGCGCGGCGACCAACGUGUGGCUGGUGGUGGCGAUCUGCGCCGUGUCGAGCCUGUUCCUGCUGGCGCUGGUGCUGUACGGGGCGUCGCGCUGGGCGCCGCGGGCGGCCGUGCUCUCGGGGCCCGGGCCCACGACGCUCGUGUGCGCCAGCGAAGUGGGCAGCUGGUCGUACUCGCAGCGCCACAGCCGCAGCCUGUGCGUGGCGGACGGCGCGGCCAAGAGCGACCUCAUGGUUUUCAGCCCCAACUUCCCUCCGCCGCCGCCCGGCGCCGCGCCCAAGGACACGCAGCCGGAGCCCUCUGUUCUCCUCCACACGGUCAGUGACACUGCCUUGCUCUUGCCUCUCACCCAGACCCAACCUUUCUGUCCCUCCAGGUGUGUAGGGUCUGUGGGAAUCCAGAGUCCGUUCCCCCGGCCCGAGAGCGAUGUGUAA